AUGACUUGUAAUAUUGUCUCCUUGCAGAUGUUAAUUCUCUGGUCUUUAUGCUGGGUCAUUCUAACCAAAGACGCAGUUUAUGGUUUUAUUUUUGGUGAUCAACACAGUGCGGGACCACAUGACGCCUUUGCCCAGACAUCCUGUGGCCCAGUCAGAGGCAAGUUUGACGGUAACGCCUACGCCUACCGAGGUAUACCGUACGCCGUACCUCCAGUACGGACCAAACGCUGGCAGCCGCCAGAACCACUAAGGCACGAGGAUGGCACGUGCUGGCCAGGCACGUUCGACGCUUCUGUACUUAAAUCCCAGUGUGUACAACUCGACGAAGAUCGUGUGGUUGGCACCGAGGAUUGUCUGCAUCUCAACGUCUGGACCCCGACAAACGUGACGUCAUCUAAUCUUCCUGUCAUGGUUUUCAUCCACGGUGGAUCGUUGCAAGUCGGAAACAGUGAUCAGUCCGGAUAUGCUCCAACCGAACAGCUGGCACGAGACACCAAUACCGUAUACGUCAGCAUGAACUAUCGUUUGCAGGCGUUCGGAUUCAUGGCCCUGAACAUACUAUCUCAGAACUCCAAAACCAACACAUCCGGUAACUAUGGACACAUGGAUCAGAUCCUGGCGCUGAAAUGGGUCCAAGAGAACAUCCAAAACUUUGGAGGAAAUCCAAAUAUGGUAACAGUGUUUGGUCAGAGCUCUGGUGGCACCAGUGUGAUGGUUCUACUUGCAUCUCCAUUAGCCAAAGGAUUGUUCCACAGGGCUUGGCUGCUCAGCGGAUCCCCUCUACUGACUAAAACCAUAGCCGAGGCAUCCAUAGACAAUAUGGUGUUCCUUAAUAAUACAAAGUGUAGCAAUAUUUCAUGUCUACAACAGCUAUCCGCCCAUGAUAUCACACAGGCGGUACCAAGGAACGUGUAUCCGUUCUGGGCUAUGGAAGACCAGAUAGAUUUGCCAGUAAAGGCUCGAUUUGAUGGAGGGUUAGCUAUUGUAGACAAUUACGUCCUCACGGAGACUCCGUUCGACGCGUGGAUUAAUGGACGUGCUCAUGACGUGCCACUGAUAAUAGGUACUACAGCACAAGAAAUUGACUUCGUAGGUAUUCCAGGUAUAUUGGUAAAUAAAUCUACAUACGAAGAACACGUCAUGCGUAACCUUGGUACAUUUGGGACAGACAUUGCUAAGAUGGCGUUAAGACUGUAUCCGGUAGAUAAGAAAUCGAUAAGGUAUCAGUACACGUCCAUGGUGACUGAUGUACGUGUAGGAUGUGGUAACGACAUCAUGGCACUGUACGCUGCUGCCAACACUAAUUCUUCUGUGUACCGAUAUGUCAUUACUGCAGUACCUUCUGCGCCAGUCAGUUUAUUCGGAGCGCCAUUGGAUACCCUCUUGUCUUUUCAUGCUUGGGACACGUUUGCAUUUUUCGGAACAAUGCAGGAGAUUAUGGCCCAUCCCUCCGGCAACGAUAUUAUGUUUGAAGCUAACCUUCGGCGGGAGAUCAUGUCUUUUAUUGAAACCGGAAGUCCGUAUUCAAAAGACUGGCGCCCGUUUCCAGACAGUGUGGCUCUUUUGUCAGACAAAACAAAAGUGACUUCCGGUUACCAUUCCUAUCAGUGUGACUUUUGGAUGAAAAAUGGCUUCUUUGAUUAUUCAUGGUUAAACUGA